UUCCUUUCGUAAAAGACUUAGGACCUAGACUCUUGUUUUACGAAAAUUAUUUAAAAACUUGCUCAGCAUGUUCAGUUCAACAUGGCUGCUGGAUUGCGAUCGAGACUUGAUAUGAAACAUGGUUUUAUGAAAAAGAUCAUUCAGAACCAAGUUGAUAGAGACACAUAUGACAAGGAGGUUAAAGCUAAACUUACAGAGAAACCCAAGCAAAGACAGAACAAGCAGAAAAAGCCAGAUAUCCAUGUGUAUGUCCCUCCAACAAAGUUAAAAGAGAUGUUUAUUUUGGAAUUUGAGGACAAAGACGGAUCAGUAUUCAAGACGUCAGUGUGUAAGAAUGAUAGUGCUAGUGCCAUAGCUCAGAGAGUUGGAGAAGAAAGGAACCUUCCAUGUGACUACAUAGCCGCACUGGAAGAACGUCUCGAAUAUGAGAUUGCACUUCGUGAAAGUUUUGAGUCAGACCCCAACAGCUGAUUUUCUGUUCUUCAAUCAAUCAAAGCUUGCCCCAAACAAGAUGCAGCCCAAGCCUGUUGAAGCUAUAUAUGUGGUGUUGAUGAUACUCCAUUGUUAUCUACAUGGAUCACAUGAACUGCUGGCGUUCCUCUAUGUGUGUAAAGCAAAGAGUGUAGUGUUUUGAGUAUGACCAAGUAAAAAUCCUCAUUACUUUCUCAGGAAAAAGCAUUACACCAGAGACUAGAUUCCCAGACACUCCUUUCACUUUUAGAUAAGUGUAGUAGUAAACUGCUGCAUUUUCAAUCUAAAACAUACAUGUAUAUUGUAUUCUCAUACUAAGUGAUGUACAAUAGAAUAUAAAUAGAAGUUUU